CCUCCAUGGGAGUUGGGUCCUGGCUUGGCUCGCCAUGGCCCGUGCUGAAUCUGAGAGGGAGGAGAGGGGUGUGAGAGGAGAGGGAGAGGAUGUGGGGAGGUUUAAGAGUUAUCCAAAUCGGCUUCAGCGGCUGAACCGGUUCAAGUGCGAUCUUCCGAAGAGCGGCUCGUCCAUGCCACCACGCACAGACACCGUUCUCGCCGUUCGCCACAGAGAAACACUAUUCUUAUUCACACGUCGCACAGACUGUCGAGAAAUUAUUCUGGUUUUUAAUCGUGAAAAUUUGCAGGUUAUCGAGGGGUAA